UUUAUGUGAAUUUUUAUUUACUUUGGCUACCUAUUAAUAAUUUAGUGCCGACAAUAUUAAUGAAAUAUAAAUUUGUAUGUGGAAAAAUACAAAAUUUGAAUGCAUUUUUUAAGGCCUGGGGUUUGCUUGAACCCUCUUAAUAUACAGUGUAGCCGCUCAUGUCUCUGGGUUAGCUUACAAACACCUCGACUAAUCCUAAGGUACCAAUUCCACAGUCCAUUAGCGGGGCUCAAUUAAAGACGGAAUAAAGCCCUUAUGUGCGUCCCCAAAGGAGUUGAUAGCCCUUAUAUAUCCUGUAGCACAAGCCAAUUCUUGUGUCUGUUUUUGGGUUGUUGAAUUAGGAAAAUAUUUGGAAAAAGAUAAUUUAUCAUAUGAACGUUGUUUUUUUUUUCAUAUGAACGUUGUAAAAUAUUAUAGUAAUAGAAUUAUAAAAGCUUUAUCAGUUUUCAUACUUGUUACGUAUCUAUUUUGAAGGAAGUUUUUGGCCAACAUAAUUAGGAACUUAUGAUAUUUACAGUUUUCUUGAAAUAAAAAGUUCACCUAUAUUUUUUUUAAACAGUAAACAAGGUUCUUAAUAUUGUACCGGCUAAAGCACCGGUUUUCCUAUGGUACGGUACAUACGGGUACCGGUGAGAUACCUGGUACUGUUUCAGAUUUAUUGCUAUUAGUGUUAUUUUCCCACAUCAAAGAAGUUAGUACAACAUAUACAUUAAUUACAAUGAAAAAUAAAUAUAAAAAUAGUUCGGUACUAAUAAACAAACAAAUUGGGAUGGAGGGAGUCUGCAUUUGCAGAAGAGUGAUGGAGUUUGGUUCGCAAGGCAUUUGAUGUUAGUCUAAACUGUAUUGUUGUCACACUGUGGAAAACUUUGUAGGCAUUGUUCACAUGAUAAGUUAUCUUUUUCCAUUAAACUUUGAUGGCUUUUGGUAGUUAGAACUUGGAAAAAUGUAUCUCAUUAGACGAAAUCAAUAUAAAUGGUGUGCAGUUCUCGGGAUUUUCUUGUGUGCAGUUUUUAGGCUCUUCAAUGUUAGUAAACACUGAUUUUUUAUAGAUUUUAAGACAGACACAGGGAACUUGCUGGUUGUUGCGUUAUAUUUAGCACACAUGAGGAAAUAUGCCCUUCCUGCGUGGCUUAUACUUCAAUGGACUUUUCAGAUGGAAAAUAAGAGAAGUGCUCAACAAACAUUAGAAUAAGUACAGGUUGUGGUGUAUUUUUGUAUGGCUUAAGUUGUAGACUGUAUUGGGUGAGAAUAGCUUCUUUUUUUUUGGGGGGGGGGGGCUUUCUUAUUCGACCGGGUGGCAGUGAUGGUUGUGGGUAGAUUCCAACAUUUAUCGUGGGCUGAUGCUUUGAUCUGUACAACUCAAAAGAGGCAGAGGAUUUCUAAAUCCUGCUUUAAGUGAAGCAGAGUUGAAUUCAAGUCCGACAGUUCUGACUUCUGGCUUGUGUAGUAGUUGUUGUCACUUGUCACACUUGAUUCCAUUUUAUACUCAAAAACUCCCUUCUACGAUGGAACAAAACACCAAACCUGUUUUCCUUUGAUACCUUGACCCCCAUCAGAGACUCCAUAGCCCAAACCUCUUGCCACAGUGAAUUCCUUACCAAGUGUUCUCACCCACUUUGGCAUAACUAAGAAUUCUUCAUUUCUUUACCCUUAAAAAAGAAUGAAGAUGCCAACCCAACCAAAGCCAGCCACCAAGGCAUGAAUCCACAUCAUUACCAGCUAGCACUCCAGGUGCUCAACCAGUUGCAAAAGGAAGGUCUUAUUGAGCCUACUACUUCUUAGUGGGCUUGUGAAGCAUUUUAUGUUAACAAGUGAGCAGAGCAGGUUCGAGGCAAAUUACGAUUGGUCAUCAAUUACCAGUCUCUCAAUCAUUUCCUUAUGGACCGUCUUCCGGGAGCUGCUAGGGCCAGAAUGACACGAGCGACCACUUUUACAUUUAUAUUUUCAUCUAGAAAAUCUUCAAGCUGGCUGGCAAUAUGCAGCUGGAGCUGGUAUUCUCCUUUUGCUGUGUGCAUUCCGAGGAAAUAUCUCUCUGGUUCUCCAAUUCUUAUUUUCUUUUCUGAGAGCAUAAUUCCAUGUUCUUGCACCAGAGAGCAAUCCAGUCCUUUUAGUUGUCACUUCUCACCCUUGAUUCCAUUUUAUGCUCAAUCCAGUCUUUUUCCCCUCCCAACAGUAGAGAACAUUGAUCCUCUUCUUGUUUCUAGCAUACAUGUUUAAUCGCCCUCUAUUUACUCAUGAAACACUUUCUGUAUUCAAAUAAUCUUUCAUGUUUUAUGAUUGAUCCAUCCCUUUGUUUAUGUGAUGUUUUUUUCCUGAUAAGUAAUUAAUUUAUUGAAAAGCAUCAAGGGGAUGCCAUACAUGUAUGGAAAAAAAAUGAAGAACCAAAAGGCCAAAAAGCCGGCACCACCAAAGGGGCCCCAAAAAAACCUAUACAUCGUUCUAAAUGCCCAAAAUAUCUAACAUGUCAUGCAAUUGAUCAAGGGUUGGUUUGCGCUCCCUCAAGUCCCAACUAAACAAACGAGAAAGAAAAAGACUCUUAAUAUGUAGCAACAUCUUCUAUUCCCAUUCGAAUAUCUACGAUUCCUCUCUUUCCAAAUGAGCCACAUCAAGCACAGCGGAAUCAACCUCCAAAGCUUUCAUCUUCUUCUAUUCACUGUAGUUCCAUUCCAUUGUUGAAUAAGCUCCACCACCAUCGCCGGGAAAAUUCAUGAUAUACCCCACCACACAAGAAUAGCAACCCAAAGAGCCUAGGUGAUCAAACAAAGUAUAAAUAAAUGUGCCCAAAGAGCCUUGGCGAUCGGACAACGAAUAAAUAAAUGUGCCACUAUUUUGCCAUCUUUCAAGCACAUGCAACACCUGAUUCAAUAUUACCUAAUUACCAUCCUAUGCCGUAUAAGAUUAUCUACCGUGAGAAUCUUAUCUUUAGCCACACACCAGAUGAAGAAAGACACCUUUGUUGGAGCACAAGUGCCCCGAAUAGCUCCCCAGGUGAAGGAAGUAUUUGGUUGUCCAACCAUAAUUUGGAAAAGAUGAUGGAACUUGGGUCACAUACUGUAAGGUCUCAUGGAGUCACAGUGGCUUGGACACACAUGUAUGACUGGCUUAUACUGAUGCUCCUUGUGGCAAUAUAUGUCAUUCUGAAUCGUAUUGAUCCAUUUCAUCGCUUUGUUGGGAAAGAUAUGAUGGAUGAUCUCAAGUAUCCCUUAAAAGAUAACACUGUUCCUUCAUGGAGUAUUCCUAUUUAUGCAAUUCUGUUGCCUAUAGUAAUCUUUCUCUUCUUUUAUUUUCGGAGGAGGGAUGUUUAUGAUCUUCAUCAUGCAAUACUAGGCCUUCUAUACUCUGUUUUCAUAACAGCGGUAAUCACCAGUGCCGUGAAGGAUGCAGUGGGUCGGCCUAGACCACACUUUUUUUGGGGUUGUUUUCCUGAUGGAAAGGAAGUUUAUGAUCAAUGGGGAGAUGUCAUAUGUCAUGGAGAGAAAAAUGUCAUAAAGGAAGGAUAUAAAAGUUUCCCAAGCGGGCACACUUCAGGGUCCUUUGCUGGUCUGGGAUUUCUAUCACUGUAUAUGUCUGGAAAGAUAAAACCAUUCGACCGGAGAGGCCAUGUUGCUAAGCUGUGCGUUGUUUUUCUUCCUCUACUUAUUGCAUCUUUGGUUGGCAUUUCUCGAGUUGAUGAUUACUGGCACCACUGGGAGGAUGUGUUUGCUGGAGGUCUCUUAGGUCUCACUGUGGCCACUUUUUGUUAUUUGCAAUUUUUCCCACCUCCGUAUCACGCUGAAGGUUGGGGGCCUUAUGCUUAUUUUCGGGUGGUGGAGGAGUUACACGCAUCUACACAAGCGGCCAAUAAUGUGAAUACUCAGAAUGGGCAGCCCAGAGAAGCUCAUUUGGAAAGUCAACACCAUGAAAGAAGCAGCAAUGCAUUCAUUGGUAUAUCCAUAGCUGGUGAUACCAGUUCCACACUGGAAGAUUUGGAAUCUGGAAGGAGUUUUCCAGAAACCUUGCCGCCACGUAUGUACUUUAAUUGUGUGAUUCACCUACUUCUCUUACCCAAGGACAUCAGGAGGGUUGAUGAUGUAUUUCUCAGAUAUUUUUGUUUACCUUCAUGUAGCAUAAAAGGGUGUUUACAACUAGAAUGAAACUAUUAAUGCAUCAAAUGGGAGGAGUGUUGGUGUAUAAAAUGGGUGUCAACUGUCGAGCAUGAGACAGGCAUUUCAUAAACUUUGAAGAGUCCAUGUAACAUUGGCUGGGCCGCUGGGGUUGCAAAGUUACGUGUAGUUGCAAAUGUAGAUAUUAUCGGCAUCACUAUAAGCUACAAGGAGAUAAAUUAGGUGAUUCCAUUGUUUAAUCAUUUCUUCCAAAUCGUAGUUGGAGAAUAACUUACAAGCUACGACAAUUUCCUCCAAAUGCAACUUCACUCAGGAGAUUUCCUGUCCAAUUUAUCUGAUCUAUUUUA